GGAGGCAUCUGUAGUUUGUACGGUUCGUGUCGGUACCGCACGUGGGCUUAUUGCAUCCUCCACCUCGCCGCGCGCACUUGUCCAUGUGAUGUUCCGGUUUUACGCAUAGUCGCUCAUUUGUGAGGUUUAAUUUAAAUAUCACUCCACAUAAAGGACAGUUACCGCGGACUUAAAGAGUUUUUGCUGUUGUUUUUACGCGCUGAACGUGAGUUGACGCUCCGCCGAUGAUGACCGAGAACAACGAGAUGGAGAGCGACCCGCAGCUGCAGCGCUCCCCGAGCAACGCGCCCAUCCAGCCCGUGCCAUCCAAGUUGCAGCGGCUGAAGCGCUCCCUUUCCUUUAAGACCAUGAUGCGCAGUAAGAGCGUGGACAACUUCUUCCAGAGGUCCAACAGUGAAGCGCGUCUGCCUCCGGACUUCAUAACAGACCCUCCUCCGCCCUCGCCCCCGCUCGUGCCCUGUUCGCCCCCUAUGGGUGACACCCGCUCCCCCUCGGUGUCGCCCUCGCUCAGCCCGAACCCCUCCGUCUCAUCUCACUCGCCCUGCCUCAGCCUCUCUCCCUCGCUGCCCGCCAAACCGCUACGACCCCAGAUCAACCACUGCUUUCAGGACCAUGUGUUCCGUAAGCCCACCAACUGUCAGCACUGCAAGAACAUGAUCGUGGGAAACUCCAAACAGGCUCUACGCUGUAAAACCUGCAAGAUGGCGGCUCAUCUGUGGUGCACCUCUGAUCUCUCGCAGCAGCCCUGCUACGGGAAGUCAGGCGCAUUCAAGCGAAACUUCAGCUCCCCGAUGAUCAUCAACGACCAACUGGCCGUGGUCAAAGAGGUGCAGGCGAGCCAAGAAAUGGCUUCAUCUCGUCUGACAACUGCCAAGAAUGAAGCGGAGAAAGAAAAAGAGGAGGAGCAGCCAGAAGCACAGCCGCUUCCUCAAAAAAGCCAUCGGUCCCGCGUGGAUCCAAUCUACGCCGCUCUGCGCUACGGCACGUCUCUGGCCCAGAUGAGCCGGUCCAGCUUUGGAAGUUUGUCUGAGUCGCCCACACGCAGCCUGGGCGAGGGAGGAGACGACGCUCAGAGACAGUACAGCCUGGACGAGGACACGCCCACAGAAGCAGCAGAAAUUCCAGUGCCUGACAUAGACAUCGAGAAAGAGAAAGAAAAAGAGAAAGACGAGGAGCCGAGCGAUCAGACCCCCGCCGAGGAGAGCAGUGUCAAGGUCCCCAAACGCAUCGACGUUCAGUCCAUCCACACGUACGUCGCACUCUACAAGUUUCUGCCUCAGGAACAAAACGACCUGGAACUACAUCCUGGAGACCGAGUGCAGGUGACAGAUGACUCAAACGAAGAAUGGUGGAAGGGUAAAACUGGAGACCGCGUCGGCUUCUUUCCCGCUAACUUCGUCCAGCGUGUGCGUCCAGGAGAGCGAGUGUGGAGGGUGAUCCAGAGCUCGCAGGGAAGCCGUGAGAGAGGACACAUGGCUGUACGCGAAUCCCAGAUCUGUGUGGGGAAAAGAGAAGACGGUGAAGUGUUUCUGAAGCUGAGCAGUGGGAAAAAGCGAGGUCUGGUGGCGGCCGACUCCAUAGAGGAAAUCUGAAACUCCACACUGGACCCGAGAGACUGAUUUAAACAACUUCAGACUCCCAAAGACACCUGCACCCUACCUGCGCCGCCGCUCGGGCUCAGCUGGGGCGGCCAUUUUAAUUGGAACUGAGUUGGUACACUGUAAAACGCACAUAGAAAAGUUGUUGCUCUACACAAAAUAAGUUACGACCAUAGACUGUGUAAAGAAGUGGACUGAGUGAGUGUGACGUCACCCACCGUGUUUGGCUCCAGUCAAAUGAAGCUCAUCGAGGCUAGCAUAUCUUGAAUCACUGACAAACUAGUGAAAUAAAAACCCCAGGAUCAUGUAGAGCGGGUUAAUACGAACAUUUAAGACCAAAAUGACAAGUCUGACAGAAGCAGUAACAGAGA